CGAAGUCGACGAUACCCAGAUACCCACUGGACCAUCAACUUACUCGCUUGACAUAUCACCGGUGCACCGACCACAGGAUGAAGGCGUAGAUCUCGACAAAGCUGCAUCUGGAUUUCUGCCCAGCUACGGAUACUCGUACUAUACCAACCAUCGUCGUAGCCUUAAAUAUACCUGGUCGCUGGUACCCAGGACAAGGCGCCCACUUGAUCCAGCCAGAUUGUUCACCGAGACAAAGCCCAUCCAACGACUUCAUUGCCACCACCAUCCAUCAACCUACCUAGGUAUUUUUCGCUGUCGCCUCACCGACGCAACAGUCAUCAAUCACACCCUCGUCUUUCGCCGCUGACUGGCCUCCACGAAAAGGCUGCCAGACACUUUACGAAAGCAGCUGAAAGAUACCCUGCCAUUGGCCCUAAAGUCACAGCCCAGGCAUUGCGAUCAAACCAGUCAGAGCACCUGUCACCAACCACCACGGCUGUCACCGAGCCCAUCUGACGGGUCUUCUUACUGUGAGGCAUCAAGCUCGCCCGUCCCCAGGCCAAGUCAUCUUUUCUGCCUACCUCCGAACCGUCCUCCCGCUUUACUUUACGUUACCGCACCACACCACACAAACCCAGAAUCUCAGGACCACGGAUUUCAACUACUUGUACUUUGCUCACACCACCACUACCACCUCGGUCAAGAAGCACAACAACACUAUUCUUUACCCUGGAUCUUGUGGGAUUAUCUGUCUCGAAGGUACUUCUGCAUAGCAGAAGGUCACAGAAGACGGCACAGAUUGAGGGGGGUUCUGAGAUGUAGUCGCAACAGCGACCAAGUGUGACCUUUUCCAACCCCCAUUUUAUUGUGGUGUGUGUGAGAGAAGAAGCUGCGGAAGAAGCCACCGUUGCAGACGCUGGAGGGCCUCUUUGGGGGUGGAUAGAGACGGAAGGAUGAGUUUACAGCCUAGGCGAGAGUAUCACAUUGUUGUGCUUGGUGCUGGCGGCGUAGGCAAAAGUUGUCUCACGGCCCAAUUCGUCCAGAAUGUCUGGAUCGAGAGUUAUGACCCUACAAUCGAGGACUCGUACCGCAAGCAGGUCAACGUGGAUGGCCGACAGGUCAUGCUCGAAAUCCUCGACACAGCAGGCACCGAGCAGUUUACCGCCAUGCGAGAACUCUACAUGAAACAAGGACAAGGCUUCCUGCUGGUCUUCUCCAUCUGCAACAUGAACUCCUUCUACGAACUGGCCGAGCUGCGCGAACAAAUCAUCCGCAUCAAGGACGACGAAAACAUUCCAUUGGUGGUGGUCGGCAACAAAUCCGACAUGGAAGACGAACGAGUCGUGCCACGAGCCCGAGCCUUCCAACUCACCCAGUCAUGGGGCCAGAAGCCGUAUUACGAAACGUCAGCGCGGAGGCGGACGAAUGUCGACGAAGUCUUUCUCAAUCUCUGCUCGCAGAUCAUCCAGAAGGACACGAACCGAAGUCAGCAGUACGAGCAGCAAUUGGCAACUCGUCGCCGCGACCGACCGAAUCGACACGAUCGACGAGGCAGAAGGACCCGCAAUCGUGAUCGAUGUGUCAUCUUGUGAGAUUCUCGUUUGUGUCAGCAAAUAUGCAUUUCGGUGAUCGGAAAUGAGAUACCAACAUCAUCGGGCGUCAAUUGUAGCUAAGAAAAAGUGUGGUAUCAUGGAAGGACAAAGAUCUAGACUUACCGACUCACGUCGACAUAUCAUAAUCCAGCUUUCAAUUG